AUGACUGUUCAAAUUGGGGAAUUGUCCAAACUCCAAGUGAGCAAAACUCAAGAGCAAAUAAAUUCUGACGCCGAAACAGCAAAGAAACUACAAGACGAAGAAAGGGAAAGGGAACGGUCAAGGAAAGAACUUGAGGAGAAAGAUCAUGAGCUUGCCCCGAAAUGUAAUGAGGAAGAACAGGCAGCUAUACAGGAAUCCAUACUGGCUCAACCCUCACACGCUAUGAAGACAAGAAACAAGAACAAGAGGAAAGCGGUUGCAGAGGAGUCGUUAAAUGCAAUUUUAACAUUUUCAUGUUCUCUAUUAUUAAUUUUAGACCUUACUUUAGCAGUUACAUUUGAUGUAACACAAUUUGGUGCCAAGGGAAAUGGAGAUGUAGAUGAUUCUCAGUUCAAUAUUACAUUAAUGGACAUGAAUUUGAUGAACCCUAAUUUGAAGGCUUUCUUACAAGCAUGGGAUAAAACAUGUGCAAGUAGCAGCAAUGCUACCAUGGUGGUGCCUGAAGGAAAUACAUACUUGUUGAUACCUCUUCAAUUCAAUGAUGCCUGUAAAGGACCAUCUGUUCAAGUUCAGGGAUUAAAGUUUUCAAGCUGCAAAAACCUUGAAUUAAGAGGGUUGACUCAUAUCAACCCUCCAAAGAGACAUAUAAACUUACAUUCAUGCAACCAGGUUACCAUUUCUGGCCAUACAAUAACCGCACCCAAAGACAGCCCUAAUACGGAUGGAAUCGGCAUCUCUUCCUCAACUAACGUUAAUAUCACCAACACUAUUAUUGGCACAGGGGAUGAUUGUGUUGCAAUUUGUUCCGGUAGUUCAAACAUUUUUGUUGAAGGAGUUCAAUGCGGACCUGGGCAUGGCAUAAGUGUGGGUAGCCUCGGUGGAGGCGGGUCUCAAGAUACUGUGGAAGAUGUUCAUAUACUAAAUUGCAAUUUCACUGGAACACAAAAUGGGGCAAGGAUAAAGACAUGGCAGGGUGGAAAAGGAUAUGCAAGAAAUAUUACAUUUGAACACAUCCAGUUCAAUGAUGUUCAGAACUCUAUUAUUAUUGAUCAAAACUAUUGCAAUGGAAAACACGACUGUCCCGCAAAAUCGGGCGCGGUGGAAGUGAGCAAUGUGAAAUAUAUAAAUGUGCAAGGAACGUCUACAAUUAAUCGAGCAAUACUCCUAGAUUGCAGCAAUGAAGUUCCAUGCAAUAAUAUUGUUUUUGACAAUGUAAACAUAACUUCAAGCUCUAUGGGUGACAAUGUUUAUGCGACUUGCAAGAACGCUAACGUGUCUGUCCCUUCCGUAGUGUAUCCAGUUAUAUCAUGCAGUAUUGGUGACAUUUAA